AUGUCCCCGUCCUCGUUUGCCGACUAUCCCGAGCCCGUCAAGGCUGGCGAGGCCAGAUACAGGAGUCUGCCGGAACCCAACCCCAAGCUCCACGGUCUUCCUCUGGUGCUGGUGGCCAAUGUGAUGACACGGGUCAAUGCUGUACCGAAUUUCUUCUGGAGCAAUGCUGGCUUCGGGACCAUCAAGGACAUGCCUGAGUUGGACGAUCCAACCGUCACCCCUCUGGGCGACAACACCAUGCUCGACUUCGAGCCGGAGCUUCUCGAGAGCAAGAGGGCCACCGGCGCGAACGGUGCGAACUACUACUCGGCCGCCGACUACCACGCCAUGUACCGGUCUGGCAAGGUGACGCCCCUGCAGGUGACGCAGACGCUCCUCGCCGUCACAAAGAAGGGUCAGGAGCCGCGCAGCCUGUAUGCCGACGCGUGGGCCGACUGGCACGGCAAGGAGUCGCUCGCGCUCGAGGCCGCCCGCGCGUCGACGGAGAGGUACGCCGCCGGCGAGCCGCUAGGCGUGCUGGACGGCGUGCCCAUCGGCGUCAAGGAUGACACGGACGUCAGGGGGUACGUCAGCCAUGUUGGUAUGAAGUACAAGGCUGGCCUGGACUUCUUCAAGGAGAGGGAGAGUACGAUCUGGUGCGUGCAGAAGCUGGAGGAGGCAGGGGCGGUUGUCCUGGGCAAGAAUUGCAUGCACGAGCUGGGAUCCGGAACGCCUACGAACCACUACAACAAGUCGUACUACACGGGCGGGUCGACAUCGGGCGGGGCAUCAGCGCUGGGGGCUGGCAUCGUGCCCAUCGUGGUGGGCUCGGACGCGGGGGGCAGCAUCCGCAUCCCGGCGACGUUCAACGGCGUGUAUGGGCUGAAGCCGAGCCACAACCGCACGGGCUUCUUCAACAUGACGAUGGCGGUGCGGGGGCCCCUGGCGGCGUCGGUGGCGGACCUGCGGAUCGCGUACCGGCUCAUGUCGCAGCCGGACCCGGCGUCGGCGGUGCAGCGGCUGUUCGCGACGUCUAGGCGGCCGGGGCCGGAUGCGGAGCGGGUCAUGGGGGUGUACCGCGACUGGUGGGCGGACGCGGACCCGGAGGUGGUGCGGAUCUGCGACGCGGCCGUGGAGCACCUGGCGUCCAAGCGCGGGUACCGGGUGGUGGACAUCUCGAUCCCGCACGUGGCCGAGGCGCGUACGGCGCACCAGGUGCUGUGCAUCACGGAGAUGGCGGAGCUGCACCGGCGGCGGGCGGCGGGCGACCCGGCGGGGUGGACGGGCCUGGUGGGCGCGGCCAACAGGAUGGUGCUCAGCGUGGGCAUGCGCACCCCGUCGGCCGACUACCUCAAGUGCAACGCGCUGCGGGAGCUCAUGAUGCGGCACGUGGCGUCGCUGUUUCGCGAGCACCCGGGCCUGCUCGUCGUCACGCCCACGUCGCCCAUGGUCGGCUGGCCGCGGGACCCGGCCGAGGAGGCCUACGGGUGCAGCGACACGAACCGCACGGUCCGCAACAUGAUGUACAUCUUCCUGUCCAACAUGACGGGCGCGCCGUCCGUCUCGGCCCCGGCUGGCUACGCCCGGCCGCCGGCCGGCCGGGGGGAGGGCGACGGCACCCUCCCCAUCGGCCUCAUGGCCAUGGGAGAGUGGGGCGCGGAGGAGCAGCUGCUCGACUGGGCGGCCGAGGUCGAGGAUUACCUGCUCGGCUCAUACGAGGGCGGCAGACGCCUGCCCGAGACGUGGUUUGACGUGUUGGGGGAGGCAGAGGCAGCCCAGAAGAACGACGAGUAG